AAACGGAGCUGCAAACUCAGUCCUGCUCUGCUGUACAGGGUGCAGGGGCAGAGGGAGAGCCAAUCACCGAAACGCACAGGCUCCCUUUAAGCCUGACAUAUCUCCAGCAGGAACAAAUUGUCCCAACAAUCAACAUCCCCAAUCUGCUGCGCGCAUCAGGGGCUGGAGUGGCGCGGAUAGGGCCUGUGCUGCGCGGAAGGAUUGCGCCGGAUUGCGACGCGACGAGAAACUACAAACACGUUCAAACAAUUCAAUAAACACAACGACAGCUUUCGUUUUGGAUACCGACGUUUCGGGCGGAGGGGAGAGCGCGGACACCAUGUCUAUACUACCGUCCUUCGGGUUUACGCAGGAGCAAGUGGCGUGCGUCUGCGAGGUGCUGCAGCAGGGGGGAAACCUGGAGAGGCUCGGCCGCUUCCUCUGGUCCCUGCCCGCCUGCGACCACCUCCACAAGAACGAGAGCGUCCUCAAAGCCAAGGCGGUGGUGGCGUUUCACCGGGGGAACUUCAGGGAGCUCUACAAGAUCCUGGAGAGCCACCAGUUUUCGCCGCACAACCACCCGAAGCUGCAGCAGCUCUGGCUGAAGGCGCACUACGUGGAGGCGGAGAAGCUGCGCGGCCGGCCGCUCGGCGCAGUAGGGAAGUACCGGGUGCGGAGGAAAUUCCCGCUGCCGCGCACGAUAUGGGACGGCGAGGAGACCAGCUACUGCUUCAAGGAGAAGUCCCGGGGAGUCCUGAGAGAGUGGUACACGCACAACCCCUACCCGUCCCCGCGGGAGAAGAGGGAGCUGGCCGAGGCCACAGGACUGACCACGACGCAGGUCAGCAACUGGUUCAAAAACAGACGGCAGAGGGACAGAGCCGCAGAGGCGAAGGAGAGAGAGAACAGUGAAAACAGCAACGCGGGCGGCAACAAACAGAACCAGCUGUCGCCGCUGGACGGAGGAAAGUCGCUCAUGUCCAGCUCGGAGGACGAGUUUUCUCCGCCUCAGAGCCCCGACCAGAACUCAGCGCUUUUGCUCCAGGGUAACAUGAGCCACCCCGGGGCCUCCGCUUACCCCAUGUCCGGCCUGGGGCCCCCACAGCCGGUGCACGGCAUGCACGGACACCCGCACCAACUGCAGGACUCCUUGUUGGGACCUCUAACCUCCAGUCUCGUGGAUUUGGGCUCUUAAAGAGAGGCUGCCAGAUUUACUCUAUUUUACAAAAACAAAAAUCAGAAAAAAAAAGAAGACUGAUAAGUGUAUCAGAUUGAGUACAUGUAUGAAAUAACACUAUAGUAGCCUUCCUUAUAAUAGAGACUGACUUGUCUGUCGUUAAAAAUUUGGUUAGAACAAAAAAAUCCCUCUAUGCGCUUAUAGCUGUAUAUCGCCCCGGUGUCAGGAGGGUUUCUGACCUCCCGCACACGGAAACACACCGACAGGAUCUCUCCGAAACUCUAAACUCAACGAAACACUUAAACUGGACUGCCCACUUGCUUUAUUUAUGAUAUUUUGUUAAGAUACGAGAAGACUUAUAGGAACCUCCUGCGAUGGAAACUAAAGAGGUGCAGGUUUUCAUUAGAGUCAUGGUCAUUAGUUUCCAAUAAAACUAAAGUAACACA